AUGAUCGCCGGAAAUCGCGGCCUGGAACAGCAACAGAAGGAGGAGGCAGCGGCGGAGGCGGAGGCGGCGGCGGAGGAGGAGGAGGAGGAGGAGGAGGAGGAGGAGGAGGAGGAGGAGGAGGAGGAGGAGGAGGAGGAGGAGGAGGAGGAGGAGGAGGAGGAGGGGGAGGAGGAGGGGGAGGAGGAGGAGGAGGAGGAGGAGGGGGAGGAGGAAAGAAAGGAAGAGGAGGAGAGAAAGGAAGAGGAGGAGGGAGUGCGGCACGUCAUACAGCUACAGCGCGUAGCACAGGCCAUGAUGGCCCCUGCGGAGGUCGCAGCAGCCGUGGGAGAACUCUCCGCGCUCUCCCUCUCCCGCCAAAGCACCCUCCUCACCUCCCGCAUCUCCGCCUGCCGCCGCGCCCUCAUACACUCCCGAUCUGCCCUCGCGGGUAGAGAUCUCGGUCAAGGGUUUCAAGGCACCAGGCUGGCCGAACGGCUGCUAGCCACGCCUUGGGAUGAUAACAGCAGCAUCGGGGGGUUAACUGGCAGUGCUUCUGGUGCGGCUGGUGCUGCUUUUCCCAGAUCUAAGACCAUGGGAACAGGCAUGGUGGGACACGGGGAGGGGAUGAAGGGAGAGAGAGAGGAGGAGGUGCCCAGAAGAGUGGGUAUGCUGGGUAGGGUGAGUGGCGCUGGUGCUGGGGGAGAGGAUGAUGCAGAGUUAGGAGGAGACGGGUUGGGAAGCGGAGAGGAUGGGAAUUGCGAGAAUGGUACGGAUCCAACGGUUGAAGAUUCUGAUGAUUUCUCAUCACUCUCUCUUCUACCUCCGCUACCCCUUACAUCAUGUGAAAACCUCACACAGGGAAGGCCUCACUUUAAAAGCACCUCAGCUUCUCAGGUGGUGUCCCAAAAGCAAAAGCCGCCACUGCCGCCAAGUGAAUCAGCAACACAAGGAGCGUCUCUCUCUAGAAGCAGCUCUAACCGGGGCAGGGAAAGCGCAGUGAGUUGCACAGCAGGAGAAGCUGCUGUGCACGCAUGUACAGCAGCAUGCCAAGCAGCAGAAGGGGAGGGGCCAAGCUGUCAGGGGGACGGCCACGUGGGUCAUGGGGGUGGGUUGUGUGGAAACGCGAGUGGACCCAGCAGUGGCCACGUCAGCAGGAGUCAGCAGCUGCGCACGCUGACGCUGCAGCGAAUCGCGUCGUUCCGGAGUGCCAGCCUGGCGAGAGGCACGCAGGGGGCGGGAGGCGGAGGAGGGGAGUCCGAGGAGAAGGAGGGGACGGAUGCGAAGGGGGAUGAACUGACAGAUGCUCGUGACUGCAGUGGUGGUGGUGCUGGUGCUGCUGGUGCUGGUGCUGCUGCUGCUGCUGCUGGUGGUGAUGGCGGUGGUGGUUGCGAUGGGGACGUUAAAAAGCGGCCUCCCCCAUUAAAGCUGGAAGAGCUGAUGGGAGUCACAGGGGAGGAAGAGGAUGCGGAGGAGGAGCAAGAGGAGGAGGAGGAAGAUUGGGAGGAGGAGGAAGGGGAAGGGAAAAUUCGCGGUGGUGGUAUUGGUGAUUCGUAUACCCGUGGUUCUGCUAUUUCUGGUGCAGCUGCCGCUGUUGCUGCUGUCGACGCCACUGCUGGCACAGGCAGGGAAGAAGAAGGAGGAGGAGGAGGAGGAGGAGGAGGAGGAGGAGGAGGAGGAGGAGGAGGAGGAGGAGGAGGAGGAGGAGGAGGAGGAGGAGGAGUUGACUCUAGACCCGACCUUUUGCCUGGUGCUGCUGCUGCUCCUGUUGCUCCCCGUCGUGGUGCUCUCCUGCAUGCCUCUACCUUUUGGCAUCGCAGCAGCAACUCUUCAUCGCCCUCUCGCGCCCGCCCGGGGAAGCACAACAGGUCGUCCUCUCACUCGCUCUCACACUCCCCCUCACGAGCCCGCACCGUGCACGGCAGCAGCAGCAGCAGCAGCAGCAGCAAGGGUGACGCUAAGGCGUCUCAGGCAUCCUCUGCUGCUGCUGCCCUGGCAAAGCUUGCAGUUCUGGCAGUGGCAGGUCACAGAAUCGCAGGAAAGCUGGGAGUUAGAGGCUUGGGCGGGGCAGGAAGCAGCAGGGCGAGUGGGUCUGCGGGGACGAAUGGAACCGUGAUUCCUGGUGUGGGUUGUUGUUCCGGUCUUCCGUUGGUGCCUCGGGCGUUUGCCUAUGCAGAGCUAGCACUUGCAACUGAUGGGUUUGCCAAGCGAAAUAUGAUUGGGUGCGGGGGGUUUGCACGCGUGUACAAGGGGAGGUUACUAGAGGGGAAGAAGGUGGCUAUAAAGGUUAUGAGGAAGAGUAGUAAGAGCGGUGAGGCUGAGUUUAAAGGGGAAAUGAGUGCGUUGACUCAUGUGAAUCACCCUAGGAUUGUCCAGCUGCUUGGGUUUUGCAUAGAGAGGAAUAUGAGGAUGUUGGUUUAUCCGUUGCUGAGUAGAGGGAGUUUGGAAGGGUAUUUAAAGGCGAUAAGGGAAGGGGGGAUGAGGGCGAGAAACGAAAGGGGAAGAAGACAAAGAGCAAAGGAGGAGGGGGAGGAGGAGGAGGAGGAGGAGGAGGCAGCGAGUGGGUUAUCUUGGGCGAGGAGAGUGCAGAUCGCAGCAGGGUUGUGUGAGGCAGUGCAUUACCUGCACCACGGCAUGGGACGCACACUGCUGCACCGAGACCUCAAAGCCGCCAACGUGCUGCUCGAUAGCAACUGGCAGCCCAUGCUCGCGGAUUUCGGGCUGGCACUGUUUCUCGAGGAGGGAGGCGAGCAGGGCGAGGUGGAGGAGGUGCAGGGCACGCUGGGGUACAUGGCGCCCGAGUACUUCAUGUUCGGCGACAUGGGGCCCUCCUCCGACGCCUAUAGCCUCGGGAUUGUCCUCCUUGAGAUCAUCACCGGGCGCCGCGCCAUUGAGAUGGAUCCUCCCCCAGAUGAGGACAACAACCUCGUCGUCUGGAUGGACCCUCCCCCGGAUGAGGACAACAACCUCGUCGUCUGGGCACUCCCGAAGCUCAAGAGCAUGCAGGUGGAGGCAAUAGUGGACCCGUGCCUGCGGGGCCGCUACGACCGCGCGUCACUCUGGCGCACCGCUGCGGCUGCCAUCAUGUGCCUCCGAGAGGACCCCGCCUUCCGUCCCCCUUUUAACCUCCCAACCCCAAUCUAA